CUUUUAUAUCGAAAAUAUAAUAACAAUAAAAUUUGAAAGUAUCUUUUAAACGCUACUAUGGUUUUAUUAGGUGAAACAUUUCCAAAUUUUGUAGCAAAUAGUCAAAUGGGUCCAAUUAACUUUCAUGAUUGGCUAGAUAAUUCAUGGGGUAUUCUAUUUUCGCAUCCAAAUGAUUUUACACCAGUUUGUACAACUGAGUUAGCUCGAGUAUUAAAAUUAAUGCCUGAAUUUGAAAAAUUAGGAGUGAAAGUUAUUGCACUAUCGUGUAAUUCAGUCGAUUCUCAUCGUAAAUGGAUUGAAGAUAUAAAAGCUUAUGCCGGAAUGACUGAUAAAGAAUUUCCUUAUCCAAUAAUAGAAGAUGAAACACGAAAACUUGCAACAUUGUUGGGAAUGUUAGAUCCUUUAGAAGUUGAUAAUAAUGGUAUACCUAUGACUGCCAGAGCAGUAUUUAUUAUUGAUCCUGCUAAAAAAAUGCGAUUAUCGAUCUUAUAUCCUGCUACUACUGGAAGAAAUUUUGAUGAAAUUUUGCGAGUCAUUGAAUCACUACAAUUAACUGAGAAGCAUAAAGUAGCAACUCCAGUUGAUUGGAAGAUAGGUGAAGAAGUAAUGAUUCAACCUAUUGUUUCCGAUGAAGAAGCAAAAAAGUUGUAUAACAAUAUUAAAUUUGUAUCAUUACCAUCAGGUAAAUCUUACGUGCGCAUUGUAUCGCAACCGCUGUAAAAAUAAUACUUUGCAAGAAAAACCAUUAUACAAUGUACAAUAUAUUUUCUUAAAUUAUUAAAAUCGAUAUUUGUAAAAAAAAAAAGGAAAAAGUACAUAUUUAAUAAUAUAUUAAAUUCUUCUCAA